CCAAUAACCAUCCCACCAACCCCAAAGCAGCCACAAUGUCCUCCAUCCGCCGCAUGUCCCCAACGGACCUCCUCUCCCUCAACCUCACCAACCUCGACCCAUUGACCGAGAACUACGACCUGGGCUUCUACCUGAACUACCUCAUGCGCUGGCCCUCCCUCUUCAGCAGCGUCCAAGACCGUCAAGAAGGAAUCGUCGGCUAUAUCAUGGGCAAACUCGAAGAACAGCCCGCCCACAUGCGCCACUCGGAACACUACACGCCCUGGCACGGCCACAUCACCGUCCUGACCGUGGCGCCCGCAUGGCGCCGGCUGGGCCACGCGCGCCGCCUCACCGAGCGCCUCGAGCGGGGCUCCGAUAUCAACGACGCCUGGUUCGUGGAUCUGUACGUGCGCGCCGGCAAUAAGGUCGCCGUGGAUAUGUAUAAGGGGAUGGGGUACUCGGUCUUCCGGCGCGUCGUGGGGUAUUACAGUGACGAUCCGUCGGGGAUGUCGGAGACGGGCGAGGAUGCCUUCGAUAUGCGCAAGCCGUGCAGUCGCGAUAAGAAUCUGCAGCAUGUUCGGGAGAACGGGGAGGAGUUCUUGGUUGAUCCGGUGGAUGUUUCGUGAUUGGGGGUAAAAAGUGGGCAUGGGGAAAGUUCUCGGCUUUAGUUCUUCCAUGAGGGCGGUGAUGUGUACGGUUUUGAGUGUUGGUGUGGAGGUUGCCCUACACUAGCGAGAGAUGUUAUGUUUGUGCUUGGUUGUUUUCUCGCAAAAGCUUGGUGUUUGGGCGUUGGCAGAUCCGAUUCGAUUUAGAUGGCAGUCAUCCUGGGAUUGAUUGUGUGAGACUAC